AUGCGAGGGCUGGGCGUCCUCGACACGGUGGCAGCAAAGCCGGUGCCGAGGCGCGGCGAGCGCUCGGUGGCACACGACAUCAUGCAGCUCGGCGCAGCGAUCGCGGCCGGCGUCGGCGUCAGCUAUGGCCUCGCCGUCUACCUGCGAAACCGCGGCAUUGCGCUCGCUGCCUCCAAGCCAGCUACGACCGAGCGCCCGCUGGCCACAUCACAGGUCGCGCAGUUCCCGUGGGGUUCGGACUCGUUCGACACCUCCAAGCUGCCGCAUCUCUUUGUAGCCGGUGCGGCGAUAGUCGCGGGCGCCAUCGCUCUCACGCCGCCGUCGGGCCCCAUAGCGUCCCUCGACAUGGCCCGCGGGCCCAUCCUGGUCACCACCCUCUGGGUAUGGGGCGCGUACAACGCCAUCGGCGCGCAGCUCAGCGCCAAGCUGGGCGGCGCGGGCGAGCAGGCCUCCAAGAUUGGCGAGCGCGGCCUGGCCAACACGCUUGAGCAGGGAGCGCCGUUCCUCGCCUGCCUGUGGGGCGUCGCCGCCUGCGUCGACGCCGCCAUCGCCACGUCGUGCGGCACCAUCUACGCGGCGUUCCGCAUGUUCUACCCUCUUGCGUACAGCUACUACGGCGGCUUUGCCAUGCCCUGCGAGGCCGUCACCCAGCCAAACUACCAAAUAAUCCACCUCUUCGUGGCUGCGCUGCUCCACUUUGGUCUCACCGGCGGCUCCAUCUUUGCCACCCUCGGCACCAGUUUCAAGGUCUGGUGUCCGCUUAUCUUUGUCGGGCACAUCCUCAUGAUGAUGUUUGGUUGGUUCUUCCCCGUCGGCGGCCCGGCCGGCGCGCUCAACAUGGCCUGGAACGGGCCCAAGGAGUGA